CAUUCAUCGCGAGCAAAUCGCGCGAGACUACACGCCAAAGCUGUUACAAUAUGGCUACUGGCAUCUCCAAAAAGUUGCAAGCAAGAGGAUUUGAAAUAAUAGUGCUACAUGAUUUGAAAACAUGGACUCAAAAUGCCCACCAACCCGGCAGAAAAGAUUGCAUAAAGAGCAGUGAAUUUGAUGUUGAUCGCCUUUUUUGCUGCGAGACUCUUGAUGAACCCGACAGCGAUGCCGAUACAAGGGACGUUGAUGAGAAACAGCAGGGCCCUAGUCAGAGCAUUCAGACCAGUGCCUCGCAGAUGUCACCACAGACUCCUCCGAACUCCCCAACCCGUGGACAGAAUUCACGCUCAGCCAGGCCGAACCCUUAUGUUGAAUGCUUAGUUCGCGUCUGGGAGGAAGCUGCCUCCAGCGAUCGGACUCCUACUGGCCUAGCCUCGGACCUCAGAUUCGCCAGCGACCCAGUCAAAGACGCUGUGCCCACUCCCAUGUUGCAGGAGCGGAGACAGCUGUUGCUUCCCUUCACCGAUGACGACAUUUUGGUGCUACGCGAUGACACUCUUGACGGAGAAGACGGUUUGGUGUUCGAGAACCGGUGGCAAGAUUUGGGUGACGAGCACCUUGUGCCGAGUUUUGCUGGAGAAACCCGUCCUAUUAUGCAGAACCCUCACGAACUGGAGCCCUUUCUGUUCGUUGAAGAUGAUCAUAUGCAUUCUAAACGAUGGCGACACACCGUUUUAUGUGACCCAGACCAUACCGUGCCAACACACCAAUCGGAAGAAUGAAAGCAGAACAAACAAAAGCAGAGAAUAUACUCAAAAGGAUGUCACACCAAUGCUAAAGCUCCCAUAACAUCCACAACGACAGCGGAAAUGCAGAUGUCCUUUUUUUUAAAAAAAAAAAGAGUUACUUUUCAGUUAUCAGUUGUUAAAACGUUUUGGACUACAAAGAUAUGGGUGUGAAUAGUGAAAGACAACGCGCAGAUCGAGUGGUAUAAAACAUUUAAAAUCAACCGAAGUUAUCAUUAAUGUCAUCAUUUUUUUAAAAAGAUAUUUACAACUUUAUUGAGUGUGGGAAUCCUUAGAUGGCCUGCCGUUUUCAGCUCGUCUGAGAUUUGUGUUAUUUUUCUUGGCGGGUAUGGAGUGACCAUUAUGGGUAGUAUUUCUUAUUUGUUGAUUGUUAUUUCUUAAUCGUUAUUAAAAAUCUGCAAGACUUACGUUAAUGAGAAAAAGUCUAGAAAAACUUAAAAUAUUGACUACUCGGUGCAUGUUCGAGAUGCUGGAAGAAGAAUUAUACCUGGUCAAAUUAGUUGAAUUGAGAAAAACGAUUUUUCAAAACGCUUCUUUCAUAAAAACCAGACGGUUGCUAUAAAAAGGGUUAAAAUGGGUUAGUUUGUACUGUGAUAUAUGAAUCCUCUUCUAUAAGCUAUAUACUACAGGACCAAUUUCUAUAAGAACUUACAUGAAUUGUUAUCAUUAUCUUGAAUCGUUAAAUUAAUUGUUUUAAACUUUUGUUGACUAGAUUUUUGCCUUUAAAUUACUGUUAAAGCAUUUCAAAUUUUAUAUUUAAUAAAGCAGUCAAAAGGCAUUGGA